CGCUCGCCCGGUCGGCAGCGGUCAGUGCGUUGCGGCCAUGCCGUUCUCGGAGUUCUCGGCGCGAGUCCUCGUUUCUCCGGUACCGGUUUGAGGCUUCGGAACAAAGUCCCGUCGAGCGGCAGUUCGUUGCGACCCGUCGAGGGGCCGUCGCCUCUCGCUUUCGGAAAUCAAAAACGUCGACGGUGGCCCGCCGGGCGUAAACGUCGGGAAAGUUCGGAGAAGAGGCAGAAAAUCGACUCGGAGAGAGAGCAAGAGUGGCGAACGGCGAAGGAGCCCUGAAAGGGGGAAAGGGGGAAAAGGGGAAAGGAGCCGUUCGAGCUGGGCCCGCGCUCGGCCGAGUUCGGCCGUCUUCGGCCGUCUUCGGCAUGGCUCGCCGUAGCCGGUGGGUCGCCUGGCGCCUGUUGCCGCUCCUCGCGACGACCUGCCUCCUGGCCAGCUGCGAUGUCCUUGGCGAACCAGUGGACACAUAUUACGGAUACGACGCGCUGGAGAGCGUGCCGCGAAAUCCGGAGGCAUCGCCGAAAAUGACUCUUCUGGACUCGGGCUCGGGUAACCUCGCGAGGAGGCGCCGAGGCGUCCGGGAGAUGCCGCUGCCGGCUCCACCGGCUCCACCGGCUCCACCGGCUCCGACGGUCACCGCGACCCAGCCCGGGACGAACGGCAGCUCUGGCUCGGCGAACGUCACCUACUCCACCGACUCGAGCUCCUCGGUAUCGUCUUCCUCGUCCUCCUCGGGGACGUCUCCGAACUCGCCGCCCUCCUCGGUGUCCCCGGGAUCACCUCUCGGUGGCACCGCGUACAACAAGACCGACGUCUCGAAACCCUCCGCCAACACCACGGUCGUCAUCUCCGAUCCGGUGAACCCCGCAAACGAGACUUUGGUGGGCAAGCCCGUCGUCUGGGCCAAUCGAACGAUGUGGCCCAACGUCACGCGGGAGAAGAAGAAGGAGUCCUCCCUGGGCACCGUUUCCGAGAGGGAAAAGCAGAACGGGACGGCCGAGCAGGACGCCGACGAGAUCUCGAUCACCAAGUUCCCGGACGUGACCAACAAGACCUUGACCCAGAACAAUAUCACCAAGACGGAGGUGGACACGCAUCAGUAUUAUAACAGUACGUUCAUCGUCGACGAGGCUACCGGGAAGAAGUUUUGGGUCGACCUGGACAAUCAUCCGGAUCUGAAGGUCAACGACCUGCUCAGCAGCAGCCACCGAAGAGCUGCCACCGUCAAGCUCGAGUUCGACUUCCCGUUCUACGGGCACAAAGUGCGAAACAUUACCAUCGCGACCGGUGGGUUCCUUUAUACCGGAGAGUACGUGCACAGCUGGCUGGCAGCCACGCAGUACAUCGCGCCUUUGAUGGCGAACUUCGACACUCGGACGUCCAACGAGAGUUUCGUCAAGUACGCCGAUAACGGUACGGCGUUUACAGUCGAGUGGGAGAAGGUGGUUUUACAGGACAAACCGGAAGCCGGGGAGUUCACUUUCCAGGCGACGCUUCAUAGAAACGGCGACAUCGUCUUCGUGUACGCGGUCAUCCCGGUGGUCGUCGAAGACAUCGAGGACAGCGUUCACCCCGUCAAAGUUGGCCUCAGCGACGCCUACAUUAUGGACAGAACGGUAUUCUUUGUUCGCAGGAAAACGAUCUACGAGUACCACCGUGUCAACUUCAAUCGGCAGGACAUCAAGAACUGGACGGUGAUUUACCUGCGAGCGUUGCCGACGUGCCACCAAAUGGACAACUGCUCCGACUGCCUCGAGAACUCGACGGAGUUCGAGUGCAAGUGGUGCCCGACCCUGAACCAGUGCAGCACCGGCACCUUCAGGUUCAGGCAGGACUGGUUGGUCAAGGGCUGCGACACGAACAGCAUCAAGGACAAGAGCAGCUGUCCGUCCACCGAGACCGUCUACAAGGACCACGUGGACCCGGAGAACCACGAAGGCCACGUCCACGCGGGGGAGGAAUUAUCGGCUAGCGUCGAACCUAGUCACCAGGCCAAAGGACUCGGCCCGCUCGAACACUCGGAUGACAACAUGAACAUGGGAGUUUCCGGUAUAAUUGGGAUCCUGCUGGCCGUGGCGCUCGUGGUGGGCGUUGCAGCUUGGGUCGCGUACGCGUAUCGCAAUCCUCACAGCACGUCGGGGCAGAUGCUCAUCAGGUACCGACCGAGCCAGUGGAGCUGGCGAAGAGGGGAGGCACGCUACACGGCUGCGACGAUCCACAUGUGAUGCCGCACGUAUCCGGAAAUGGAGUCAACGGUCGCCCCGAACUUCCCUUCCAGCGGGCGCGUCGUCGAGCCGCGUCGCGGCCGCGACCCUGCUCUCCGAAGGAAGUCGUCGACGGCCCGCGUUCGCAUUCGGGGCUCGCAUUCGGGGCCCCCCGCUCGGUCGGUUCGUCGGCGGCGAAGCAACCACCGGGCCGCGGGUACUCCAAUUUUAGACCGAGCGGCUCGAAAUAAUUAAGGUGACGGAACUCCGGGGGCUGCGACCAUCCGCUCCACGGAAAGUCUGGACGAGCGGGGACGAUUCUCGGGCUGGUUUCGUCUCAAGUGUGUAUGGCUUGGUGGCGAAGGGAAAUUCUUUCAAAUUGUACGCGUUCGUUUAAAGGUACAGGCCGUUCCGGUUCCUCGCGAAUUCUGGAUCGUUGCUCGACGGGGUCGGUCUCGCGUUUCGGCCACUCGGUGGUCCUCGGUGGAGUUUUCGGUCAACCGUUUGGAAUUUCCGACCGUGCCUUUGUAGAAACGUGUACGUAUGAUUUUCACCCGACUUCAUAUGUUUUAUAGGUAAAUUAAUUAAGAGGGAAAGCACGCGAAAAAACGGGAUAAUUGUACUCGCGCGGUUUUUAAUGUACAGCAUCGUUAACGCCUGGGAUGGACCGCGACGUCGAGCACGCUCUUCAGGGGCGGAGUCGAUCGCGUCGCGAUCUCCUGCUUGUCGGAAGAUCUGAGGAAAAUAGAAAAGAAACGAACAAAGUGCCUUUUGAGUCAAUUGAAUGCCGUCGCAUAAUCGAUGCUUGUCGAUGGACAGCGAACAUAUUCUUAUUCUCUGGACGUCGAGUAAUUUUGUGAUCUUAGCAGCAUGUGGUAUAUACUUGUUAUUGAUUAAGAAUCAGUUUUUUUAUCCUUAGAAAAAUUCCUAUGAUCGUUUCGUAUGCGUAAACGCUGCCGUUAGAACUGUUUUUAUACGAAAUUCGAGCGAAUGGUUUCGAUUCCGGGACGGAACUAUAGUUCCGUCGAUGAGCUCCUGAGGGCAAUGACCAUUUUUUUUAUCCUCUUGCGGUUGAUGAAACCGGGUUUGCGUAACAUUUUUCGGGGACCAACGCUUAGAGUUUCCCGUAACUUUAACGAGGAUCUAUUCUUAUUCGGGAACAAAUUCUGUGACAUUCCACGAUUUCGCAUGAUUCACGAGGUCAUACCGCGAAUCAAUGAGUAUUGCGCGAACUGCAGUUUCGACCGGAAUUUCGAGAGAGUAUAUACAUAUAUACAUAUAUUAUUGAUUUUUAAGCAAUCGCCUACUCUUUCAGCGUUGCGCCUACUCGAAUUAUGCGAUGGAAAUUUAUACUCUACAUUUACGUAUCGGACCCCAAGAUAUCGAAUGUAUAUAGUAGUAUUUUAAUACAGUCUAAUUUUAAGUGAAAUCACUGUCGAGAGGUGCCUUUAAGGAGUUUUCGAUUAAUUUAUCAGCCAUUUGAGGAUGUGCCUUUCUUGAAAUUGAAUAACAUAUAUUAUUACGCGCGAGAGCGUGCAUCGUAAUUUGGUCAAUUUUGUACGGUUGCGAUUAAACCGAACGCUUAAUUACGACGUAUCGAUUAAUUCACUUCUCCGAUCCGUGCAAACUUGAUCAAGACCAACUGUAAAAAGCUAGAUACAAAUUACGAUUUUGUCGCUUUGACCUAUUACACUUUAGGAGCCGAACAUUGCGAAUCUUUUUUAUUAAUAAGUGUAAUCGCGUAAGAGACUUUUACACGGAGGAGAAAACUUCGCGAGGAAUCACAACAAGCUUUUAUUAUACUAUUGUAUAUGAUUUUAAUUCAUAGUUUGUGAUAAUAAAUAUUUUAAUUAAUGUAGCAUUAGAUUAUGUAUUUCUUUAUCCAUGAGAUGCUCCUGGGUAUAUGUGUUGUAAAUUAUUAGAGAAGUUAGGAUAAAUGUUGAGGUACAAGUGAUAUAUGUAUUGCUGAAGUAAGAAUGAGUUUUGCAAUAAAGUUGUAAAGCUGAAUUUUCGUU